AUGCAGCUGCGCUGGAGCGGCCAACUGGUGCGCAUGGACGACGAGCGACUACCCAAACGACUCUUCUACGCAGACGUCGCGACGGGUUCUCGUCGUCAAAGAGGCCAAAUUCGCCGAUACAUGGAAACCUUGAAAUCCUCCCUGAAGCAACUGCAAAUCAACCCGACCAACUGGGAAGAGCUCGCCCGCGAUUGUCCGACAUGGAGGAGAACAGUGAAGACGGGCGCUGCUAUCCACAAAGCCAACCGCAUCGCCGCCGCCAAAGCGAAACGCGAAGCCCGCAAAUCACAACUUCGUCCAGUACGCAACGCCGCCGCACAACCGCUUCACACGUGUCCUCGAUGUCAACGGACAUUCCGGGCUCGAAUUCGCCUUGUUGGAAAUCUUCGGAUCAACUGCGCCUCUCGAACUUCAUCAAUCGUCGUCCCCCCGCCCGCCUCCUCCUUGUCCUCUCUGCCGCCAAUUAACUCCGACAAUUCUUCUGUACUACCACUUCCAUCCUCCUCCUCCUCCUCCUCCUCCUCCUCCUCCUCCUCCUCCUCCUCCUUUACUGCCCCAUCGACGGCCGCUCAGGCGUCUGUCGCUCAAGGAGACACCGCACACAUCCCUGACACAACACCAGACAUCACCCCUGCAGCCUCCGACUUCAGACGUGAGGACCAGGACUACAUCUGCCCUCACUGCGAACGCACCUUCACCUCACGCAUCGGCCUGGUCGGUCACUUGCGAAUCCACCGCACAGAGACUGGCGAACCAGUGCCUGGAGCACCCACCUAUACCCACCAAGCUCGUCUCAAAUGCCCACACUGCCCUCGCACCUUCACGCAUCGCAUUGGUCUAUUCGGCCACAUACGCAUCCACGAAGACCUGCGGUAG